AAAGGACGGAAUUAUCUCCGGGUAGUCUCUAGUAUACGGGGAGAGGGCGGGACGGAUACGGAUAGAGAAACUAUCCUCGUUCUCCUCACAACUCCUAGAUUCUACUCUUUCCGGAGCAAGAUCCAGUCCCGCAGCAAUCCAUACUAUAUUCAACGGGGGACCUGGAGCAAACACAGGGUUUAAUCCCUGGAGUAAAAUUCAACCUGGAUUAAAGAAAAUCUGACGAAACCUCUGCACCGAAUAAAUACUUUAAUUAUUUUAGAAAAUUAGGAGAUUUUUUCAUGGAAGUAUUUAGAGGCACAAAAACUUAGUGAUCAGAGUGUAAAGUUUGGAUGAAAACCAGAAAGUGAUAAAAUGACUAGAAGAUUCCAUUAAGAAGAAAAAAGAUGAAGAAGAAAAAGAUUUUAUUUCUUGUGUCUCUGUGCCUGCUGGCAACAGGUAAUGGUUUAAAGUGCUACAGUGAUCAGCUGGACAAGAUUGUGAAAUGUGAUGAAAAUCUUGGAUACCGAACUUGUUUUAUCAGAUAUGGAGAACGAGGGGAUGUUACAGGAAGAGGGUGCUCUACCAAGGAUAAAGUUUAUUAUAAGGAAUGUGAGACUAACAGCUAUGGUGCUGGCACUGAGAAGUUUUGCUAUUGUAAUUUCUAUUUGUGCAAUGGGGCAUUGCGCUCAUCUGUUCUCUCAUCAACAAACCUUGCUCUGCCUUUCCUCUGUAUCCUACUGUUUAUUAGGUGGUAUCAGCCAGACCUGUAAAACAAUUCAAAAGACCGGUGUGAUCUCUAAUCAAAUAAAUUUUUAAUUUAAGAAAUGUAAAGAUAUUGUAGAUAUAAUUUUAGUUUCAUAUUUUGAAAUGUAUG